AAAAGAGAAACUUUGUUAUAAGGGAACUUAACACGCAGAAAGAGGGAACGCUACGCAAAAUGGGACUAAGGGACGAGCUUUUGAAGGCGAUAUGGCAUGCUUUCACCGCGUUGGAUGUGGACAAAAGUGGAAAAGUAUCCAAAUCGCAAUUGAAGGUGCUGUCACACAACCUCUGCACUGUAAUGAAGAUCCCCCAUGACCCUGUGGCUCUGGAGGAGCACUUCAAAGAUGAUGACGAGGGGCCCGUGUCCAACCAAGGGUACAUGCCGUACCUCAACAAGUUCAUAUUGGACAAGGUCCAGAACAACUUUGACAGGAUGGACUUUAACAAGAUGUGUUGGACUCUCUGUGCCAGGAAGAACCUCAACAGGAAUCAUCUUCUGAUCACUGAUGAUGAUUCCUUCAAGAUCUGGUGCAUUUUCAACUUUCUGUCAGAGGAGAAGUACCCGUUAGCCAUCGUCACUGAGGAGAUUGAGUACUUGCUGCGGAAGCUGACGGAGGCGAUGGGGGGCAGCUGGGUGGAGGAGCGUUUUGAGGAGUACAGGACGCAGCUGGCCAGCAGCCAACAGUGUCUGAGUGCCUGGGGGCUGAUCGAGCUCAUCGGCACCGGCCACUUCAGCAUGGGCAUGGACCGGCAGACCCUCUCCAUGGGCAUCAACGAGGUCUUCCAGGAGCUCAUAUUGGACGUUCUCAAACAAGGCUAUAUGCAGAAGAAGGGACACAAACGGAAGAACUGGACAGAGCGCUGGUUCCUGCUUCGGCCCAACGCCAUCUCAUACUAUGUCAGUGAGGACCUGACGGAGAAGAAGGGUGACAUCACGCUGGACGCCAACUGCUGUGUUGAGUCUUUACCAGACAAGGAAGGAAAGAAGUGCCUCUUCAUUGUGAAAUGUUCAGAGAAGAGCUUUGAGAUCAGCGCGUCUGACAAGAAGAAGAAGCAGGAAUGGAUCCAAGCCAUCCAGAACUGCAUCAGCCUGCUGAAGCGGGAGCUGCCGGCCCCCCACCACGAGGCUCGCCUGCGCAGGAGGGAGCUGCGGCAGAAGCAGCAGGCGGAGCAGGAGCAGCUGGAGGAGAGGAUGAAGGAGCUGCAGAUCGCCAACGAGAACAAGCAGCGCGAACUGGAGGCCAUGAGGACGAAGCUGGAGGAGGCGGCAGCGGAGGCAGCAGAGGAGGAGAAGCAGAGACUGCAGACCCAGAGCGAGCUGCAGGACCGCUACAGAACUGACCUGGAGAGGGAGAAGAUGGUGCGGCAGCAGAUGGAGCAGCAGGUGGCUCAGAAGUCGAGCGAGCUGGAGCAGUACCUCCUGCGUGUGCGUGAGCUGGAGGACAUGUACCACCGCCUGGAGGAGGCGCUGGAGACGGAGCGGCAGGCGCGCCAGGACGAGGAGACCGUGCGCAAGCUGCAGGGCAGGCUAUUGGAGGAGGAGGCGUCGAAGCGGGCGGAGUUGGAGCAGCUGCACCUGCAGCAGCAGAAGGCCAUCUCCCAGACGGAGGCGGAGAAGCAGGAGCUGGAGAAUGAGCGGCUGGCCAAGGAGAUGGCACUGCAGGACGCCAUGCUGCAGCUGGAGCAGCUGGAGAGUGACAGACAGGGGGCGCUGCAGCAGUACCAGGAAGUGAUGAAGAAACUGGAGAGCGCAGCCAGUGAAACUAGAAGCUGGAAGGACAAAGUUGCACAUCACGAGGGUCUGAUUCGUCUCAUUCAGCCAGGCUCUAAGGGACCCCAGAGGAUCACAAACUGGGGGCCAGCAGCGGUCACUGACACAGAGCUGAACCUGAGGGAGAAGGAAUGGCAGGAGAAAAGGAACAGGCCUGCCCAGGCCCAGUAGUCCCCCACCCCAACUAACUCGAAACCUCCUCCCACCAUUGCUGUGAUGCUCUGUCAACUGUGACAAAGUUGCCUGAGUGCAACAGAGACUUCAUUUGUUAACAAUAAACCCAUGGCAGGACUGCAUCACAGGGACUUUGGUCUUUGAUCUAAACACCCCAAGUUCUGCGCCAGAAUACAGUAACGCUCUACCAGUGAUCAAGAGCUACAAGCUCAAAACAACAGCACAAUUUUGUUACAUGUUUGUCUGUAGGUGGAUAUAUUUGGUUAUUCUUAUGAGCCUGAUUACCUAUAGCUGUCUAUAGCCAUUCUGCACGUGCAAUGCUAUCUGCAUGUGGUUGAUUAGCCCAGAGAUAUGUUGGCUGUUCUGAAGAGAUAGAAACUCCACACUCUUUGUUUUACUUAUAAUUCUUUUUCAGCUUGCAUUUUUUAUGUUUAUUUUUGUUGCCAAAGUGUAGAGAAGUGAAUUAUCCUAUUUCAGUCCUGUAUUUAUUAACACUGUCAUUACCUUGCUGUCACUGACGAUGUGCAAAAUGGCAGUUUUAUUAGUUUUUAAUGUCCACAGUUCUUGUAAUGUAGUAUGUAAUCAUAUUAAUUGUAAAAGUCUCUAACUAUCAUACUACUGUACUACAAUAGAUUAUUAUGUUUUGUUUGAAACAGUAUUUAAUAAUAGAAAAUAUGUGGAAAACACUUGGAGAAACAGGGCUUUUUGUUUUACAUUGAAAUCUUUGUGUAAAGUAAUUUUGUAUAUGCUUUUGAAAAGGGAGUGAUAUAUGAAAUGUAUAGAAACAGUGUAGUUGUGUCAUUUAGAUUUUUGUGGAAUAGUGCUGGUAUUUGAUAUAAAACCAUUAAAAGAUAUUGCUAAACCCCA